AUGGCGGCAUUUCCACCGCAAAAUCCUCCGGGGCCUCCGCAACCGGCCGUGCCGUCAUUAGAUCUCACGGGCCUCUGUUUUCGCGACCAAAUAUUUCUAAAUUUCGUUGGCGGAUGCCUCGUGCCGGGUAACGUGUUCGACUAUUUCGCCAACUCGCCGUUCUACGAUCGCACGUGCAACAACGAGCAGCUGAGGAUGCAGGGCAUUCAUCCCCUUGACACAGCGCGCCUCAGAGAGAUGGUGGGGUGGGAGUAUUCACUGCACAUGGCGCAGGAGCCUCAUCUGUUUGUGCUGCGGAAGCAGAAAAGGGACGGUCCAGAUCGCACCACGCCCGUGGCUGCAUACUACAUCCUGGAUGGGUCCAUCUACCAGGCUCCGUCACUGCAUGCCGUCAUCGGUUCUCGGAUCUGUCGUGCCCUGCAUCAUCUCCGGGCAGCCUUUUCCAUGACCCGGGCGGCUCUUGACAAUCCCGAAGCUGCCCGGCCAAAAGAAGAGCGGACAGAGUCAGAAGGGGCGUCAGUUGAUGCCCCUGACACGCCAGCAGCAUCAGAGGCAAAACCAACCGCAUCAGACGUGCGGGAGAUGGCACGACUGGACCACGUGAUUAUGACCGUUGUCAGGAAGCUCACCCCAGCUCCACCUCCCCCAGAUAUCGCCUUGCCGGCGCUGCCACAGCCCGCAGCAGCAGGUGAAGCAGCAACUGCAGAGGACAAGACGGGAGGGGUGGGUACCUCUGCUGCUGGCGCUGCUGCUGGUGCUGCUGCUGCUGGUGGUGCUGCUGCUGCUGCUGCUGCCGCUCCUGCAACUGGUGCUGGCGCGACUACAGGUGCUGGGAAGAAAGCAGGGGCAGCUCGUCGCCAUCUGCAAAACCCCCACCACACCCACAGUUUUUCUCUCCCCCCUCCUUCCCCCCUUUCCCUCCCCCCCUCCCCAUCCCCAAUCCCCACCUCCCCCACAUCCCCCCCCCCCCCCCCCACAUAUGCCCCUUUUCCCCUCUAUGCUCUCACUUUUCCCUACUUCCGCUUCACCAUCUCGCUUUGUACACUUUCCGACCAGCAGAUAUCCAACCUAUACAGGGCUCGUUACAUGAGAUACGGUAACUCGCCUUUUUCCCCGACCGACCAUGUUCCCACAGGCACCGCGCCGCCCACCCCAACUUCUUGCGUAUCAUAA